AUGGCAUCUAAUAUCCUCCAACUACCGUUCCGGCGCUCGCACACCGUCUCACUUUCUGAAGCGAUCACUCAGUACAUCUCCUCCAAAUAUGAUCAGCGCCCGGAUAUGUUCGCGGAAGAUCUGAUGAUCAUUGAUCGUCUACGAGCCGAGGCUGUUAAUGUACAGGAACCUCAUUUCAGCGGUAUCAGCCGCUUGGUAACAUAUGCGGCUCAGCUGAAAUGGCUCUGUGGAAAGUUCCCGAUCGAUGUCGGGGUAGAUUUCUCGUGGUAUCCCGCUUUUGGGUUUAAUGCCUCGCGGCCAGUUUCGGAAAAUAACCUGCGCUUCGAGCUCGCGAAUGUCAUAUUCAAUCUCGCUGCAUUAUACUCGCAGCUUGCAUAUGCGACUAAUCGGACUACAUCAGAUGGACUCAAGCAAGCGUGUAACUACCUCUGCUCCGCUGCUGGAGUAUUGAGUCAUCUCCGAACCGAUAUUAUACCGGAUUUGCGGACGUCACCCCCGGAGGAUAUGGAUGAAAUGACACUACAGAGUUUGGAACUUCUUUUGCUUGGGCAGGGUCAGGAAUGCUUUUGGCAAAAAGCCGUCAAAGAUGGACUGAAAGAUGCGUCCAUCGCGAAGCUAGCAGCCAAGGUAUCUGACUUCUAUGGUGACGCAGGUGACUUGGCUGUAAAGUCUAAUGCGAUUAGCACGGACUGGAUCCACCAUAUGACCGCGAAGCAUCAUCACUUUGCUGCUGCAGCUCAGUUCCGACAGUCACUUGACUGUCUAGAAAAGCGAAAGUACGGAGAAGAGGUUGCUCGGCUGCGCGACAGUUUAGUCUGUGCCGGGGAGGGCUUGAAGGAACAGCGAUGGAUCAAUCGGACUGUACUCGGUGAUCUGAAUGGCCUGAAGAGCCGCGUCGCGGAGGACCUCAAGCGCGCUGAAAAGGAUAAUGAUAUGAUUUAUCUGAACCCUGUGCCACCCAAAUCCGAGCUAAAGACGAUUGAACGUGCCAGCAUGGUGAUGGCUAAAGCACCGUCUCAGGUCACGGACGCGAUCUCUAUGCUAGGGGAUAAUGGACCACUGGGCCAGCCCCUGUUCUCGAAGUUGGUACCGUAUGCAGUUCACAUUGCUGCUAGUAUCUACACUGAUCGCCGUGACCGGCUGGUCAACGAUACUCUUAUUGGGGAGUUGGAGUCAAUGACCGAUAAAUUGCGAGACUUGCUUUCAUCACUUAAUUUACCAGGGUCAUUGCAAGCUCUCGAGAAGCCAUUGGGUCUACCACCGAGCCUUGUGUCGCAUGCAGAGGAAAUACGCCAACAAGAUGGUCUGAACCGCUUGCAUCGGUCUAUUGAAGACACUGCCAGGGUCAAAAAUAAUGACCUAGCUUUGUAUAAUGAAGGCGUUGAACUCCUAGCAGCUGAGAAAGCUGAGGACCUUGCAGCUCGCCAUAAAUAUGGCACCGAUCGUUGGACUCGCGAGACCUCUGAAGCAGCCGCGCCUAAGCUCUACAAAACUUUGACUGAAAUCAACGGCUACUUCACCUCCGCCCAGGGAAGUGAUGAUCUCGUCCAGCGCAAGUUGCGAGAUUCACAAUCCGUCUUCCUUGUUCUCACUGGUACGAACCGGGACUUGGAGGCCUACGUUCCCAGUAGCCGGAGAGCUGCAAUCCCCCCGGCGGUAGAGCGCGAAGCCAACAGAUUGCGCGGCUGUCUGAGUGAAGUCACUCGUAUGGAGAAUCGACGUCGGCGGCGAAUUCAAAGCUUGAAGGAUAAGGCCCGUGCGGAUGAUAUUCAUCCGGCACUUCUGAGACAGACCGCUCGACUUGAGCGGGAGUUCCCCAUGCAAACUAUUGAGGCCAGUCAAUUUGAGGAUCUGUUCGAGGAGCAGCUGAAGCUAUAUGACUCAGAUCGUGAGAUGUUGGCUCAGGAGCGAAGAGAACAAGACCAUCUUUCGAGCCAAGUCCGAGAAGCUAACCUGGCUUUUACUGGCUCUCACAAGGGCGAUGCAUCGACCAAGGAACGAGAGGCGGCACUGCAGGAUUUGGAAAAUGGAUACCUGAAGUAUAAGGAGAUUAUUUCUAACCUGGAUGUCGGGCGGAAAUUCUACAAUGAUCUUGCCAAGAUCGUAGGCCGAUUCCGCGAUGACGGAAAGGCCUUCGUUCACCAGCGUCGAAUGGAAGCAAGCCAGCUGGAAACCGAUAUCUCCAACGCUGCAGCAAUGGCCUCACUCCACAUUUCUCAGCCACAUCUCCGCCAACAAGCUUCACAACCAGCUCGUACACACAAAUCACCGUCCUCCUACUCGGCUGCACCGCCCGCUCAGCCCCCCUUACAACCUUCCCCGCCGGCUCAUUCGGCCCGCCCAGCUGGGACAGCGGCCCCUCUAACAGCACCCCAGCCGGUGCGCGCACCUGUGGCCCCGCCUCCGGUUUCUACUCCAAGCAUACCGGGUGCUAUGCCUGGUAUGUGGUCUCCCGAGAUGGGUAUUCGAUUUGGGUCUGCCGCUGCCCCCCCAAAUGCCACUCCUAGCACGGGGGCUGGACCAACCCCGGGUCAACCCGCCCGUGGCCAACCAGGAACCUGGGAUCCUAGCCAAGGACUGCGUUUUUCUUGA